GCUUUGCAGUAUACGACUUUUCCCAUAUUCUCUAAACUGUCACAUAUAACUGUUUUUCUUUCAAGUCAAUAUCCUUGUUUCUGUUCUACAAACAAACGAUUGACAAGACAUCCCCUGUGCCUCCUCAUUUUCAGAGAAAGAACAUUAAAUCUCCUUUGAUCUUUCAACUUUCACACAAUAUCUCUUGCCCUUGAAAAUCUCCUCUUAUUGUAAUCUGUAUCUGGAUGAUGAUGCCUUCUGCUUCCUAUUCAUUCUGACUAUUUGUAAUUCAAAUUCAACUUGUGUUCUCAAUCCAUAAUCACUUCAACUUUCCCCUCAUUUUGUGAUCAUGAUGUGUUCUAAAAUAGCUCUCACCCCUUGUCUCUCUUUCUCACAUAAUCUCUCUGGCUCUGAGCUACAAGUUUCACCAGAGAGAGUACAUGAUGGUACUGUUCCUUACAAAAAUAAAUUGAAUCUACUUGAUUCGAUUCCGGAAUUUGAGUUCAGCACAACAAGCAGAGGUCUUGAGUUUGAAUCAUCUUCUGCAGACGAGCUUUUCUCGAAUGGGGUGAUACUUCCUGUUCAGGUGCAAGAGAAGAAAAACUCUAAGCCGACGAAGCACACACGUUUCGAGGAGCCUCCAUAUACAAACCUCCCACCUCGUCAAUCCUCGCCUCGAGUUGACAAGAUCAAGAAAGAAAGUACAAGAAAGGUACUUGAUGUGAAUGGUGGUGUUCAUGAGAAGAAACCUCAGUUAAAUUCUUUAUGGAGUUUCAGCAAAAGCAGAAGUCUCCAUUGUGAUGCAAAGAAUAAUAGUUUGGGAUGUUCUUCACCUCCUUUGCCUCGGAGCAAAUCAACUGGGUCAUCGCUGAAUCUGAAGAGAGUGAGUUCAAAAUCAAGUUCUGCCUUAAAUAAUUUGUAUCCUUUGCCAAAGUCUAAAUCAGGUAAGAGUUAUGUAAAUAGUCUUCGGGUUAGUCCUGUCUUGAACUUACCAACUCCUUCAUUUUCUAAAGGAAGUGCAAGCCUCUUUGGGCUGUGUUCUUUUUUGUGUGCUGGGAAGGCUAAGAAAGUCAAGAACUGAUUUUGUUUCAAAUACUACUAUCAUGUCAUGGAUAAAUGAUUAGUCCUUCCUUGCUCAUCAGAAUCAUUGUUAAUUUGCUAUUUAUUCUGAUGAUAGUAGAAAGAGAGAAGUAAUUGAGGGUAAUUAGGAUGAUACACAAUGAAGAGUUUGUAUGGUUUCUGUUUUGAAAACCCAUAAUCAAUUAUGGUAGACUGAAAUUAAUUAUGGAUGAAA